AUGGAUAAAGUCAACAAGGAACAGCCACAUCUCGCGGACAAGGAGCAGUAUGACAGUCUCUUGACCGGAACGGACUCGGAGUCGGUCGACCUGGAUGCCAUCGGGGCCUGGUCACGGCGCCGGCGAUGGGGGAUUCGCGCCCCAAUUUUCAUCGUUCCCGCCGUCCUUCUUUUGGUCGCUGCGGUGACGCUCGUGGCCAUCGAGUCGUCCAAUGUGUCGCGGAUGCACACUCUCUUCGCGCAGUUGCACCACAAGCUCGACGCGCUCGACCGGCAUGUGCAGGCACCAGUGCCGGUGCCGGUGCCGGCGUCGGCGCCGGACGGCCCCUGGACGGCAGCCGCGCCGACUGGCGAGGAGCUGGGCCACUGCGGCUCGUCCAUCGCUGAGGCACGCUCCCUCGGGUGCAUCUUCGACCCCAUGUCGUGGGCGUGGCAGCGGCCCGAGUGCUACCACCCGGAGCUCGUCGCCGACUUCCUCGCGCGCAUGGACUGGCGCUUCUACCUGACCAAGGAGGCGCUGCCGUCCGACGAGGUGCCUCGUGAGGCCUGGGUCCGAGGCGACUACCUGUCGCUCUACGGACCGGGCGCGUGGCACAGCUUCCACUGCACCUACUCGUGGCGCAAGUUCCACGAGGCCUUUCAGGACAAGAGGCCCAUGGACAACGACAUCCUGCAAAUGGAGCACACCAUGCACUGCGACACCAUAUUCCUGCACGACCUGGAUCCGAACCUGUCCGCGGCGUGCGACACGGCGCCAGGGGGCUGCAACACGACCGAGGUCAAUGCCGGCUUCAACUCGUGCGGCUGGUACUGA